GUCUCCACACUGGCUGCCUUCUGGUAGUCCAGUCCUAUUUUGUAUGCAGCUGCUUUUUAAAAUUUUAUCUUAGAAACAGGGUCUCCCUACUAGACUAGGCUGGACUUGAACUCAAGAGUCUGACGAGUGCUGGCAUUGUAGGCUUGUGAUGCUCCCAGCAAGUGUUUGAGGAAGCCAGAAGCGAGGAUGACUUCUCGGGAUCAGCUGGUGCAGCAGGUGCUGCGGGACCUGCAGGAGGCUGUGGAGUCCGAGGGCCUGGAAGGUCUCCACGGCGCCGCCCUGGAGGCCAAGCAGGUCCUGGCUUCCUUCACCCUCCCGAUCUGCCAGAAGGGUGGCCCUGGACCCCAGGUGCUGGAGGUGGACUCUGUGGCUCUGAGUCUAUACCCAGAGGAUGCUCCACAGAACAUGCUGCCCCUGGUGUGCAAGGGUGAGGGUAGCCUGUUGUUUGAAGCAGCCAGCAUGUUGUUGUGGGGGCACACGGGUCUCAGCCUGGAGCUGCGGGCCCGCACCGUGGUGGAGAUGCUGCUUCACAGGCACUAUUAUCUCCAGGGUAUGAUCGACUCCAAGGUGAUGCUCCAGGCCGUGCGCUACUCCCUGUGCUCUGAGGAGUCCCCUGAGAUGACCAACUUGUCCUCUGCCACACUGGAGGCCAUCUUUGACGCAGAUGUAAAGGCUACGUGCUUCCCCACCAGCUUCUCCAAUGUGUGGCACUUGUACGCCCUUGCCUCCAUCCUUGAGCGCAAUAUCUACUCCAUCUACCCCAUGCGCAAUGUCAAGAUCCGACCCUAUUUUAACCGUGUUAUCAGGCCUCGCCGCUGCACCCACGUGACCUCCAUGUUGCACAUCAUGUGGGCUGGCCAGCCCCUCACCAGCCACCUCUUCCGUCACCAGUAUUUUGCCCCUGUGGUUGGGCUGGAAGAGAUGGAGGCUGAUGGUGCUGCUGCCCUGGACCCCUCUCCUCCAAUCCCGGGUCCUCUGCUACCACCAGCCAAAACCCUGGAGCUGCUCAACCGUGAACCUAGCCUCAGUUACUCCCACCUCUGUGACCGCUCCAACAUCACCAAGAGCACCUUCUACCGCUGGCGGCGGCAGACCCAGGAGCACCGGCAGAAGGUGGCCACGCGUUUCUCGGCCAAGCACUUCCUGCAGGACAGCUUCUACCGUGGGGGCCUUGUGCCAUUGCAACAGUUCCUACAGAGAUUCCCGGAGAUCUCCCGUUCUACCUACUAUGCCUGGAAGCAUGAGCUGCUGGGCUCUGGUGCCUAUCCAGCCCUGGUCCCUGCCACUCCACCCAGCGAGGCACUAAUUGUGCCAGAGCUGGAGAACCUCCCAGGGAAGAAGGCUGCCGAGGGGCUGGGGUGCUCCCCACCAGCAGUGGCGGUGUCUAGCCCUAGCAUGGUCUUAAUGCAGCGUGCCAAGUCGUACCUAGAACAUUGCAUCUCCCUGAACAAACUGGUACCCUAUCGCUGCUUCAAAAGCAGGUUCCCUGGCAUCUCAAGGUCCACCUACUACAAUUGGAGGCGGAAGGCCCUCAGGAGGAGCCCCAGUUUUAAGCUGGCCCCAGCCCUUGAAACCACUGAGUCUCUGCCCCCAACAGAUGUUGGGGACGCGGCCCUACUCUCUUUGAAGGGUGAGGUGGGAGAAGAGGGGACAGGGAAAGCAGUAGGUGGAGACCCUCCUACUUCCCAGGGGCCCACAUCCACAAGGAUGCCCUUGUCUCGUUGGCAGAGGCGACUGCGCAGGGCUGCCCGCAAGCAGGUGCUAAGUGGGCACCUGUCCUUCUGUCGCUUCCGCCUCCGCUACCCUAGCCUGUUACCUUCCACUUUUUGGGUGUGGAAAAGUCUUUCCCGGGGAUGGCCCAGGAUGCGGGCCUCCUCUGUGGGCCAAAGGAGGCAGGAACCAGAGGAACAGCAGAAGCCAGCCGAAUGGCAGGAGAUGGAAGCUGUUGAGAAUAAAACCUCUGUGAUGGCUCCUCAGGUGGAAACGCUGCCGGUGGCCGCUUUUUCAGAAACGCCCCCAGAACAUGCCCAAGGAAGGCCUAGAGAGGGGGUCAUUCAGGAGACAGCUAUGACCCAGGGCCAACCCCACAGUGGAUCCCUAUCAAGCCAUGCUGUGGCGGCGGCAGCAGGUGGCAGGGAUGGCCAGGUGCUGGUCAUGGACAUGCUCACCACCACGAGGUUCAAGGCCCAAGCCAAGCUGUUCCUACAGAAGCGCUUCCAGUCCAAGACUUUCCCCUCCUACAAGGAGUUCCAGUCUCUCUUCCCGCUCACUGCGCGCUCCACUUACUACAUGUGGAAGCGGGCUCUCUUUGAAGGCCUCACACUGGUUGAUGGCUGAUGGCUGAAGGAGAGGCUUGAGUUGUCUCCUGACUUGGCCAGGACGCCCUUUACUCUGUCUUCCAUUAUUUGUCGGCUUGGGGUGGAGAGGUAGAAAUAAUGAAAGCUACUGGAGUGCCAAUUGGCUCAUUGUUGGAUGGCCAUGUAUUUUUAUUAUUUAGUAUUUUUUUUUCUGCUAAGGUGGGUUGGCAGGACUUCCUUGCCAGUGGCUGUGGAAGUUGCCAUUGUGCCACAGAUACCUGCUGCAGCUUUUCCUGGGCCCACAAAGUAUUAUGGCAUGGCCAUUAUCUUCUCUCAGGCAGAAUAUGUCCUUACUUUUUUUUAGGGUGAUGUCCUUUUUUCUCAAAGGUGACUUCCAAAGGGUCAAGGGAACUGAAUGUGAGGAAGGUGUGUGUCUUUGUCUCAUGCCUCCAGUUGGAGAAGGUGCCAGGCUCUUCAUGAUCAUAAGCUGGACUUCACAGAACAAACCUUGGUGGCCUCUAAGCCAGGGAAGUCCCUAAGCCCUGGAGACACUAGAGAGGAAGGCUUGCUCCCUCUGCUGGAGCUCUCUGCUGGUCCCUGCCAGCCUGGCUGGCUGUUGGGGACCUGCUUUUGUCCUGAGUCACAUCUUUGGCAAGGAGUCACAAGUUUACAAAGCUGAUGGGAGGCUGAAUUUUCAUUGUUCAACAGCAAAGUUCAAAAACCAAAGAAAUAAAAGUGUUGUCUUGCUCACACACUGC